UUGUACUUUGAACAACGUGACAUUUCCUCUUAAGGAAGGAGACCUGCCGACACUUCUACAACCGUCUCUCAACAGGAAAGAAACAUGGAUAACGCCGGUGGUGCUGGGAGCAACGGGGACCAGGUUGACGCCCGACUCUUUUCAAAGAGGCCUGCCAGUAGUAGUAAUACUGAGGAAAUGGAUACUGCCCCCAUCAGCAGCAGCAGCAGCAGUAAAGCAGUAAGCGACCCUUACCGCUACAGGAUGGACUACCCCUGCUUGGGAACCUGUCUGAUCAUCAACAAUAAGAACUUUGACAGUGGUACAGGGAUGGGUACUCGUAACGGGACGGACGUUGAUGCUGCUUCUGCUGCGAAAACCUUCACUGAUCUUGGCUAUAAGGUCAAAGUGCUCAAUGAUCUGACUGCAGGGGACAUGAAGAAAUUGAUGUUAAGCGUGUCCCAGGAGGACCACAGCAAGAGCGCGUCAUUUGUGUGUGUGAUGCUAAGUCACGGAGAUGAGGGGGUGAUAUAUGGCACUGAUGGCUUGGAAAAGUUGGAAGACCUGACAAAACCCUUUAAAGGAGAUCGCUGCAGGAGUCUGGUGGGGAAACCAAAGCUCUUCUUCAUACAGGCGUGCCGUGGUUCAGGGCUGGACGGUGGAACCGACCUGGUUGAGACCGACAGCGUAGCUGAAGAGCAAACGGAGAGGAUUCCUGUAGAGGCUGACUUCAUGUACGCCUAUUCUACUGCACCAGGCUACUACUCAUGGAGGAACUGUGCCGACGGUUCCUGGUUCAUGCAGGGGUUGUGUGAGAUGUUGCAGCAACACGGCAAGAAACUGGAGCUGAUGCAGAUCAUGACCCGGGUCAACCGCAAGGUGGCGCUACAGUUUGAGUCCUCCUCCAACCUACCUGGAUAUAGUGGCAAGAAGCAGAUCCCCUGCAUCGUCUCCAUGUUGACCAAAGACGUCUACUUCCCUCAAUAGUGUGAUUUAUUCUUUUUUCUUUGACCUACAAGAACUAACACUGACACUAGCAUUGUUGUAAGAUGAUGUGUAUCAUCAGCAUUGGGACAAAAGGUAGACGAUCACUUUCUGUUUCCUGUUGAUUAGGAACAGAUUUUUUAAAUGUUGGGUCUCUCAGGAAAACUUGAACCACUUUACGUGAUUAAUUGCUGUCAUAGGAAAAAAAACACCACAAUUUCUUUAAUAAACCAGCUACGGUAAUCACACUUUUAUUUAUUUGGUUCAAGGAAUACAUUUUAUAAAAAAGGGGCUUUAAAAAAAUGUGAAUUCCAAUAGUAUUUUUUGACACAUAACUGUAUACUAUAUGAAAAUGAACAUAAUAAAU